CUGAGCCCGCUCCCCAGGAUGACCCGCUUCGGGAUCCAGACCAUCUGGGCGGCGCUGGAGCCCGUGCACCUGGACACCAACCGCCUGGAGUACCUGUUCGAAUCCAAAGGCGGCAGCGGCGGCUACAGCGUGCUCUCUGGACGGCAGAAGCAGCCGGCGGUGUCCGGUGCUGGGGGUGAAGCGCAGCAACAUCGUCACCAUCGCCCUCAGCAGCCUGCCGCCGCCCCGCCUCCUCCCCCGGCCAUCCUCAGCAUGGACAGCAGCGUGCUGGACCGAGAGGACGUUCAGCGUCUGUCAAGCGGUGAUCCCGACAGAAGAGGAGAUGGUUCUGAUCCAAGAGGCCAGAGCCCAGAACCCCCACUGCCCCCUGGCCCAGGCCGAGCUCUGCCUGCUCACGCUGGGCGACAUCCCUCACCUGAGCUCCAGGCUGCAGCUCUGGGCCUUCGCUCUGGACUACGACUCCUCGGAGAGGGAGAUCGCCGAGCCUCUCUUCCAUCUGAAGCAGGCCAUGGAGCAGCUGGCGGCCAGCCACACCUUCAGGUGCAUCCUGGCCACCGUGCUGGCCGUCGGCAAUUUCCUCAACGGUGUAAGGCCCGGGUCUUCGAGCUGAGCUACCUGGGGAAGCUGUCCCAGGUGAGGGACACCCACACCCGCCAGCCCCUCCUGCACCACGUCUGCGAGCUGCUGCUGCAGCUCUACCCACAAUCCUCCGACCUCUACUCCGAAAUCCCCGCCGUGACCAAGGCCGGCAAGAACGUCCUGGGAGCAGCUGAAGGUUCUGGAGAAAGCGGAACGACAGGAGGAGAGGAGGCGAGAGGAAACGAGCCGAGGCCUCGGCCCAGGAGGGGUCGCUUCGUCCCAGGCUGCCAAAGAUUCCUCAAAGAGUGUGAAGAGCGGCUGAAGGUCCUGAAAGCCGUCCAUCGCCGUGUGAUAAACAGGUUCCACUCGUUCCUCCUCUUCCUCGGCUACUCCAAAGCCAUGGCCAGAGACACCAGAGCAGAGGACUUCUGCAAAACCAUCAGCGACUUCUCACUGGAGUACCCGCGCCGCCAGGCAGGCCGCCGUCCUGCAGCGGCAGCGGGAGCGGCAGAGGGGCGAGGCCGAGAGCCCGGCGCCCGGCACUCCCGUGGAGAGCAGGAAGUGGCAGCAGGCUCCGUCACAGGAGAACGAGGAGCAGGUCAAACUGGAGGAGGUGCUGCGGACGCCCCGAGGCCGUUUCCAGGCCGGACGUCACUCUGCCGCGCAGCCGGAGGAGGACGGCUCAACUCACAGGUCCAUUGUCCCGGAAACUGAAGUGGUGACCAUGCUGUUCAAUUCACUCACUGUGAUCCAACUGGGUUACAUAGUUUUGAUAAUAUGUUUACAGUUUGCUGCAAAUAUGACUUGAUUUCUGUUUGUUUUGUUUUGUUUUGUUUCUAUUAUUUCAGGCAAGAACGCAUUAAAAUCUGUUUCAGAAGUGUUAA